AUGGGACGGUGGGGAGAACUUCUUUUGCCUGCUCUGGCAGUCCUGGCUCCUUUGUCCAGCGCCAUGGAGAUCACUAGUACAUUUACGACGGUCUACCCAACCACCGCCGUUGUCACUUCCUCAUCAGCGAUCGCGGGCUGCAGCGUUGCGCCUUCCAUGCAGAUCGCUUGCCAAGAUGGAUACUAUAGCACGUGGGGAGCAGUCUGGCAGGAGACCUGCGCAGCCUCGUACACUGGUGGCAACGCCAUCCUCAGCAGCUCGGCCCUUUCGCUGCGAGCUUGUACAUCGGCCUGUGCUGUCCGGUCUGCCUGUAGCGCAGCCUUGUAUAUUGGAAAUGUGUGUUACCUACUCCAGGGCAACGUGAAAAUUACACCUGGAGGACCGUACCAAGCAGCAAUCCGUUAUGCGCCCGAUGCUAGUCCUUGCACUUCGACCUGGCUGGUCACGGAAACGUACACGGUCACUUCCACGGCGGAGGUGAUUUAUACUGUAACGUCAAGCUCAACCACGUCUGUUACGGUGGCUCCGUCUACCACCCGGGCGUCGCCAUCCUCUGCCCCUGUGACGCCUACUUCGACGCCUACUUCGACCCUGUCCACGCCAUUGACGACACCAUCGGGUAGCUCUUCGUCGACACCACUCAUUCGGCCAUCGACCGUCAGUUCUUCUACUAGAUCCAACCCGGUGUCUUCUCCUAUACGGUCGUCGUCGACUCGGUUGAUCUCCACUCCGGUUAUAUCUUCCGCCUCUGCAGGCUCUUCUUCGAUCAUUUCUGCUAGCUCUUCUUCUAUUCCCCUUUUCACUCCUUCUGUCUCAUCCACUCGUUCUUCUGUGACUUCCUCUGCUUCCUCUGCUUCCUCUGCUUCCUCUUUAGCCAUUUCUUCCGGCCCUUCUUCUAUCUUAUCUUCUGGACUCCCUAUCACUUCGUCUGCUACCUCCUUUUCGUCCACUUCUUCUCCUUCGUCUUUGCCAUCUUCUUCGGACUCUGCAUUUACCGACUCAUCUCGGGGCAGUUCAUCAACUGCUUCCAGCCAAUCUUAUUUCUCGCUAUCGACCUCCCCAGGUCCCUUUGUUCCUUCAACCUCAUCCAGUGAGUCUGGUCCAACCACAAUUGCAACACAGUCCACCGCCAGCUCAACAUCACUUGCUGCUACAGUUGUGGUGCCAGGUGAAUCAUCUUCUUUAAUUCAGUCCUCGGAGGAAUCAAGCGGGGGCACUCCAAGUACUACAACCUAUACCGUCACGGCAACUGAAGUCCACACAAUCACUUCUUGUGCUGCUACAGUCACCAAUUGCCCCUUACAUCAACAGACAACCUACGUGACCACCGAGACAAUCACCUAUGUCACGACAAUUUGUCCCGAGGGUGCUCAAACCACGGUUACUCAAGCUACAAGCUCUGCGACAACUAUUCCUCACACUAGCGUGAUCCAGACCGCCAACUCCCAGUACACUGCCACGCAGACUGCCAGUGCUUCUUCAGCUCAGGGCACAGAGACUAGCGCACCUACUCUGCAUAUGACUGUUUCAACUAUCUAUGCUACCGUGAUUGAUGUAGUCACCGCCUGCCCAUCUUCCGUCCAAAAUUGUCCCGUCGGGCAGCAGAGCACCUACACUACGAGCAGGACCGUUGCUGCCUAUACGACAACAUACUUGGUCGCAGUCACGGAUUCUGCACAAGCCUCUCAGCCUACGAACGCCCCUCUGCAGCCCGUGGCAGUCCCCAUUGUCUCAGUCGCGCAUCCGCAUAUCCCCGGCCACGGGCCAACCGGUGCCACUGAUUACAUUCUUUCGCACGCUCCAUCGUCUAGCGCCUGGAAAACUGGAGUGGCAUCUUCUGGUUCCCCCCAAGCAGCUAUGCAAGCCCCAACGAUAAACACGAUUUCCGGGCAAACAAGCUCCGCUGUGACGAGCGCCCCUGGCAGCCAAUUUACCGGAGACGCUCCCAAGAGGGGGGGUUUCUCUUCCCUAUUGGCUGUGAUGGCUAUGCUGUCCACUCUCUUUUUCUUUUAA